UCUCGGCGUCUGCAUUUCUCUGAAGCUCCUUAUUAAAAACCGGCAUUUCAGUACUGGAUAAAGAUGCCCGUGUUUCUGCUCUUCAUGCUGGUCAGUGCUGGACUGUUUCUGGACUCGUCGGAGGCUCAGGAGGAUCUCAGCAAACUUUCCGAAAACCACAGGAAAGGUGUUGAAAUGGCUGUAGAGCAGAUUAACUCGCACCAGACCAUCAAAAGCGUUUUUCUCUUCUUCAGGAGUCUGGACAAGUCUGAAAUCGACGGUGGAUUUGGUGUGAGUUAUCCUUUUCAUCACUUUAACCUGAAAGCCACCAGAUGCCCUAAAGGAACUAAAGAUCCAAACCCGACUAAAUGUGCUUUCAGAAAUGACAGGCCUCUGAUUGACUGUGGGAUCUGCUAUAAGAUCUACAAUGGAGAGAUACAGAAUGAACCGAAGCCGUACAUCCACUGCAUUCACAAACCACAGCUCACACAGGACUUGUUGAAUACGAGAAUUGAUCACUGCAAAAAAAUGAGCUACACUAAUGGAUCUCCAUCUCUCCUAGCAGCGAUAAAGCCGUAGAAGAUCACAUCGUAUUUCUUUAAUGUCACUUUUUAAAGAACCGAUUUUGAUGUAUUCAGUAAUACUGUAGGCAUCUUUGCAUUGUACAUCAUCAUUUCAAUACAGAUUUUUUACUGUGCAUCUUAGAUUAGUGGCAGUAGUUAUUAUGAGUGCCAUUUAUUUGUUUUGUUUCAAUAAUCAGAAUGUUUAAUUAGUAUUCAAUAGGACACUAAUCAUUAAAAAUGUAAUAGUAUGAAUUUUUUAUGUUGGACAAGGUUAAACAAGAAUGUGUUUUUAAGUCCUUACUUUUUCAUUUAUUAUUCAUGCUAACAUUAAAAUUAGCCUGUUUUAUGUUUUUCUCAAUGAUUCUCUUGAUUCAUGCAUCGG